AUGUCCAAGAAACGAGGUCUUAGUGCUGAUGAAAAGAAGACUAGAAUGCUUGAAAUAUUCCAUCAAAGUCAAGAUUUUUUUCAAUUAAAGGAACUAGAAAAAAUAGCACCAAAAGAAAAGGGUAUUACAAUGCAAUCAGUUAAAGAAGUGAUUCAGAGUCUAAUUGAUGAUCACCUGGUUGAUUCUGAAAAAAUUGGGACUUCAGUGUACUUUUGGUCUUUCCCAAGCAAAGCAAAAAGUACCAAGAAGAGGAAGCUACAAGAACUCCAGAAUGAAUUUGAUGAAUGUACGAAGAAGUUAAAGAAAACUGAGGAAGUCCUUAUAGCAGAAUCGAAAGGCAGAGAGAUAUCUGAAGAAAGAAUAAAAAUAUUAUCAUCUUUAGAAGAUCUUCAAAAGCAAGAGGCUUCAUAUAAGAGAGAAUUACAAAAAUACAGAGAAUCUGAUCCUGAAUAUAUUGCACAACUGAGACGUGAAAUAACUGAAUUGAAAACAGCCAGCAACAGAUGGACAGAAAAUGUAUAUAUAUUGAAAUCUUAUAUAAAAAAUAGUUUUCAAAUAGAUAUUGAUGCACUAGAAGAAAAUUUUAACAUACCUAAAGAUAUGGAUUACAUUGAAUGAAGUUUUAUAUACAAGGCAUUCCUCAUAACCUAGGCCCAGAACAUUAAAUUUAAGUAUGGGAAAAACCAAAGAAGAAAUUCUUUGGCAAGUUAAUAUAUUGUACGUAGUAAAUUGAUUAACUGAUGUAAUUUAAAAUUCAAAUCAUUAAAGCACAUUGUAACGAUUCUAACUUUAUCUGUAAGUUUGCAUAUGUAAAAGUAAUAUUUGUGAGAAAUAAAAAUAAU